UUAAGGUGUCACACACAUUGAAAUAUUUAUUUUUUUUUAUGAUAGCAAUUUACAAUUUUGCUGAUGAAAUUGUUUUAUAAUUAACUAUAAAAAAAAAAAAAAAUCAUAAACGACACGCAAGAAUUAUACAAUUACUUAUGGACAAGUCAAAAGAAGAGGAGGAAAGAGAAAGUAAUGCAGACGAAUCGAAACUUCCAAUUGAAGAAGUUCAACAAUUAGAAAUGGACAAGGUUCGUAAACUUUUUCUUCAAACAUUAAAUCUCUCUGGCGAUGAUAAAGAAAAAGAAGACGAAGAAGCAGAAGAGGAAAAAUUAUUGUCCGAUUUAAGUUUAGACGGAAUUGUCGAAUACAUCAAAAAUGGAAAAUGCAAAAAUAUCAUCGUCAUGGCUGGCGCUGGUAUAUCAACCGCCGCAGGAAUUCCAGAUUUUCGCUCACCAUCGAGUGGUCUUUAUCAUAAUUUAGAAAAAUACAAUUUACCCCAUCCGCAGGCAAUAUUUGAAAUUGAUUUUUUCAAAAAAAAUCCCGAACCAUUUUUUGUUCUCGCUAAGGAAUUAAUGCCCGAAGGUUUUAAACCAACAUUAAGCCAUUAUUUUAUUCGAUUAUUGUGGGAAAAGGGAUUAUUGUUGCGUCAUUAUACGCAAAAUAUUGAUACACUGGAGAGAGUUGCUGGUGUACCUAGUGAAAAAUUAGUUGAAGCACAUGGGACAUUUCACACGGGACGUUGUUUGCAGUGUAGAGCACCACAUGAAUUUGUCUGGAUGAAAGAAAAAAUACAAACUGGAACAAUUCCAAAAUGUGAGGAAUGUGAGGAAGGUGUUGUAAAGCCAGACAUUGUUUUCUUUGGUGAAAUGUUACCAGAGAGAUUUCAUCAUUUAAUUAGUAAAGAUUUUCCAGAAGCUGAUUUACUAAUUAUUAUGGGAUCAAGCCUCGUUGUACAACCGUUUGCUUCUCUCGUUGACAGAGUAAAGUCAAAAUGUCCAAGACUUUUGAUAAAUAAGGAAAAAGUGGGAAUGGCCGAUAGACUAACAAGACUAUUGGGUUUACGACAAGGUCUUGAUUUUGAUUCAAAAUCUCGUCGUGACAUCGCUUGGUUGGGCGAUUGUGAUAAAGGUUGUCAGGAAUUUGCCGAUAAAUUAGGCUGGGGUGAGGAAUUGAAGUCUCUUAUGGAAAAGGAACAUGAACGCCUUGGCAAAGAGGAAAUUAGUAAUAAAUUAUAAUUCCUUUCUCUUUCUUCAAAUUAUGUAUAUAGAUUAAGGUUAAUAUUUAACAUAUAGUUGGGAAAAAAAUAAAUUAUUAAAAAAAAAAAAUUCUA